UUCAGUCUCUCAUACAAUACUUUCUUGAUUCUUCACUCUACUCCACCCUCACAACAUCGAUUCUCAGAAUUGAAGGGAAUAUGAAGAACACCUCUGUCCAAGCAUAGUUGCCUAUGCUACAGUCCCCGGAAAAGAAGCAGGUAGCUUGUAACAUCCACUUCACAAGUGACAAGAAGAACCAAAUUAACACCAUCUUCUUUUAAUGUGACAAAGUAAUGUGAGAAAGUCUUGAUUUGAUCAUUUAUGUGAAUGACAACUUCAAAGGCCAUCUCUGUUUCUUAAUUGAACACCAAGGUGGACAUGUGCUUCAAUGUUAAAAAUGCAUAUUGGCUAAGUGACGGGGUCAGAGAGAAGAUUAUACAAAUGCAUGAUAAAGACCAUAUCAAGAUGGAUGAGGAGCUUGAGAUUUCUUCCACCAGAACUAGAAAGCAGAAGUUUGUCUUCUCACAUUUGUUGUCUGCUUCCUUCUAUAUUAUGGAUGAUAACAAUGUCACUCUGAUAUUGUAUCAUGGUGGAUUGCUAGAGUUUAGUGGUGAGAAUGGCAGUGUGUCCUAUGAAGGGGGUCAAAUGUGUGUCUGGGAGGAUUUGGAUUUUGACAGAAUAAAUGUUAACAUUGUGACGUUAAUGGGCAAAGAACAUGGCUAUGCAGUGUUUCAGAACAUAUGGUGGCGUGACCCAACAGUUUCAGAGGACAUUGUGUUGAAUGAACUUUCCACUGAUCGUGAUAUCAUGGAUAUUUGUAAAGCAGCCAAGUUGAACAAUGGGGAGAUUGAGAUUUAUUUUGAGCACCCUCACCAUAAGCCCUUAUCUAUGAUUCCUCCACCCCCACCCCCACCCCCACCUGCUGAUGAAGAUGGUGCAGUUGUGGUGAUUGAGUCUAUUGUUGCUGAUGAAGAUGGGCUGGGUUGUGGUGUGGGAAAUGUGUCUGAAGAGGGAAGUGGGAUUGGUGCUGAAAAUGGGAAUGAGAGGGUGACUGGUGAGGGAAGUGAGAUUGGUGCUGAUAAUGUGAAUGAGAGGGUGACUGGUGAGGGAAGUGGGAUUGGUAGUGUUCAUGGGAAUGAAAGGGUGACUGGUGAGGGAAGUGGGAUUGGUGCUGGUAAUGGGAAUGAGAGUGUGACUGGUGAGGGAAGUGGGAUUGGUGGUGUUCAUGGGAAUGAGAGGGUGGCUGUUGAGGAUGUGAAUGAGAUAGUUAAUGAAGAGGAGAAUAGAAGAAGAAAUGACAAGGGGAAACAAAAGGCUUUUGAACAGUAUGACUUCCAUGGCAUGGGGAGGAGAAUCAAUGAUCCAGUCUCAGAUGACAAUAGUGGCACUGAGUCAGAUGGUGAUGCAUUUAAUAUGGCUCAUACAAAGGGAAAGUCUGUAUUAACUGGUACUGAGUCAGAUAAUGACAGUGACUACAUACCAGAUGAAAUUGAAGAGGAAAAUUGGUCUUUGGAUGAUGACAACAACUCUUAUUGUAGUGAGGACCUCCAUAGUCCUGUGAGUACAGAUGAUGAGGGCAAUUGUAGGGUUAAGCAAACUUUCCCACAGUUUGAUGAAACUGCAGGGUAUGGCAAUAUCCAUCUAGAACUUGGCAUGGAGUUUCCUAAUUUGCAAUCAUUCAAGGAAGCUGUUAUAGAUUACACUGUUGAGGUGGGGAGACAAAUCAGGUGGUUGAAGAAUGAUAAGGACAGGUGUAGGGCUGAGUGCAUGGGAGAGACCUGUAAGUGGAAGAUCUACUGUGCAUGGUCCAGGGCAAGACAAAGCUUUCAGAUAAAGACCUAUGUAGAAGAACAUACCUGCAGCAGGUCUUUCAGAAAUAAGCAAGCAUCAACUAGAUGGGUUGCAAAGAAACUUGAGAAGAAACUCAGGGCACAACCAAGUAUGACUCAUGCUGAGGCUUUUGAUUACAUGAAGACUGAGUUUGGAGUGCACUUAUAUGAGACUAAGAUUUGGAGGUCAAUGAAGAAAGCAAGGAAGAUGGUGGAAGGCAGUGAAGCAGAGCAAUAUGCCAAACUUUGGGAUUAUGCACAUGAGCUUCUUUUAAGCAACCCUGGAUCUACUGUGAAGAUGGAUACCAUUCCCAUUAGUGAAACAGAAAGACAAUUUAAGAGGAUUUACAUAUGUCUGGAUGGAUGUAAGAGGGGAUUCAAAGCUGGAUGUAGACCCCUCAUUGGCCUUGAUGGAUGUUUCCUCAAAGGUUACUAUGGAGGGCAGCUUCUUUCUGCAGUUGGCCAGGAUGCAAACAAUCACCUCUAUGUGAUUGCAUAUGCUGUAGUUAAUGUGGAGAAUAAGGACAAUUGGAAGUGGUUUCUGGAACUACUUCAUGCUGAUUUGGGUGACUACCAGCAGUAUGGAUGGUGCUUUAUUUCAGACAUGCAGAAGAGUCUUAUUCCUGCAAUGCAGGAAGUUAUGCUGGUGUGCACCAUAGGUUCUGUGCAAUGCACCUUUGGAGGAACUUCACAAAGCAAUGGAAAGACAAAGAGAUGAAGAAUGUGGUGUGGGAGUGUGCUAGAGCAAGAACAAUCCCUGAGUUCAAUGAUAAGAUGGACAAGUUGAAAGCUAAGAAUGUCCAAGCUUGGAACUAUCUGAACAAGUGGCCUAAAGAAGCAUGGACUAAGGCUUACUUCAG